AAUUCAACUGCAACGAAAAUACCGACUGCACUCACGCAGGGCUGGUUGUUUCACGUACUUUACAACACUGCGCCAGGGCUACAGGUUGGUUUGUGUAUUUUGGAGUAGUGGUAAAUUUUUACGGGCAUAACUAUUUUUAUGCGGUUUUUAUGUAAAUAAGCCAAAGUAAAUGUAGUCAAAUAUUUUCUAAAGUAUCACUGACUUAACUGCAACAACUGUGUUUUGGCAUUUGUAAUAGGAAAAUCGGGAGUGAAGUGCCACUAAAAAAAAACACAAGCAACAGGCCAAUGAAACGAAUUUGAAUUUUAAGUAUAGAAAGAUAAGAAGAUUGUUCAAAAAUUAAAUUGAAUAAGCAACGAACGAACGAACAUUUUAAACCCAGUUUGACCACCGACAAAUAAACAACAAAUUAAGCAUAAUUAUGGAGGCCCCACCAAUGUUCAACAGUGUCGAGGAUGAGUGCAGAUAUUGGAAAGAGCGCUCAAAACAAUACCACAAAGAAUGGACAGAUGUGAAACAGGAUUACGAUGAAUUUGUUGAACAGUCUAGGGAAAUGGAAGCCGAAAUGGAUGCAACUCUGGAGCAAAAACAGAGUAUUAUCAAAGAUCUCAGAGCCAAGCUUAAUAUGCUAGAAAAAGAAAAUGAUUCACUUAAGCUCAAGUUGGAUGCACAAGGCAUCGAAAUGUCAAAUCUGGAUAAACAGCUGGAGACGGUAAAAAAAGAGCGCGACUCCAUGAAGGAUUAUCUGCGACAGUUGGAGCAGAAAAAUGAUGAUCUGGAGCGUGCUCACCGCAUUCUCAAUGAGAGCAUAGUAGACUUUGAGAAGAUGUUAGACAAAGCCUAUGAAAAGAAUGCGCUCCUUGAGAUGGAGGUGGACGAAAAAGAAAUGCUGCAGGAGAAGCUGCAACGGCUAAUGGACGAGACCCGCGAUCUUAAACAAGAGCUCAAUGUCAAGUCACGCUAUACGCCAGCGAAUGGUACAACAGGAGCAGCUGGCAAUACCUCGAUGAAUUCCUCAGCAUCGCUGCCCAAUGGCAUUGUGGCCAACGGUGAUAUAUUGCUGCAACAUGACAACGCCGCCACGAAAGCCACAAGCAUUAGCGUCAGUGCGCUAAAUGGCAGUUUAGCUAAUAGAAACGAAUAUAAUCAACAUCAUUCGCUUAAAAAUCCCGAGAACCUUAUCAAUGGCAAUGCCAUGAAUGCCAGCUCCCGCACCACGGCGCUUAACAUUGUGGCCGAUAUGUUAAGAAAACUGAACGCGAUGGAGACGAAGCUGAAGACAUAUCGGGAGCACGCGCCUCCGAUGCAACCACGUCAAUGACCAGCAGCGGCAGCCGCAGCUGCAGCAGCGGGAGGAGAAGGAGGAGGACUGGCACAGCAGCAGUCUUCUCUUCUUGGUGGACACGGCUGUCGGCUAACGCUGGAGGCGGAGUAGCAGCUGCUUGCCACAAGUGGCACAUACACAACUAUAGUUGCUGUGGCAGCAACAUCGACAGUUACAGUUUGUUCAGUUUUAUGUUAUAGUUACAAGUUCUGCUCUUCUGCCCUUUUAUUUAUUUUCAGUUAAAUGUCUUGUAUAAAUUAACGAUAUUACGAUUUAACGAUAUUACUUAUAAAUAACACACAAAUCAUUUAUAUAGUAUGUUGACGUCUGAAGCCGCCCCGCCCAGCAUGUAACGCCUUAUUAAGUACUUGUAUGUUAACUUUAAUCAUAAGUCGAAUUAAUCCACAGUUUGAUUUUUGUGUUAAUGGCAUUCAAUUGGUUUUCUCCAUCAAUUGUUUGAUUAGCACAUUUAUGAAAAUCUACUGUAUAUUUAGAUCAGUCAUGUCCCAGUUGUUCCGUUGCCUUUGGCUCACGUACACAGCACAUGGACACUGAAGCUUUGUAAGCUCAAAGCCCAAAGCACAAAGCGUACCGCGCAGAGCUUUUAAAACGAAAGUGCACUAAUACAUGUACAUUGACUACCAAUACACAUUCAUACAUAUAUUGGACAUGACUGAAUUUAGUGCGUAAGUUGAAAGGUCGCGCAGCUUGUGUAGUAGUAUGAUAAGUUCAGCUGAGUCGAAAGUAUUACAGCCCUAACA